GGGUCCUAGGUCGUCAACGAUCAGUCCAGCUACAGCAGAUUCAGACAAUUGCGAUGUCGGGUCCCCUUGAAGGUCGCAAAACAAAGUGUAUAGCGUCGUCAGCCACAUUAUUCGACAUCGCUCAACCCUUGCGUUACAAGCCGCAUACAAUCUUAUAUAUCCCGUAUCGUUAACAUGGACAAGCUCGAGGAGCUCGCCAAGCAGGCUUCUCAACUUACUUUUUACGACGUUAAAUCGUACUAUAAUCAUGCACGGAACGCCAUCCUCAACGUGUCGCCGAUGGAGGCGAAGGUCCGAGAAGCGACAGACCCAGACGAGCCUUGGGGUGCUUCUUCUACCCUUAUGCAAGAGAUAGCUCAAGCCACACACAACCUCCAACACUUCAACGAGAUCUUGCCCUUGAUCUGGUCGAGGUUUCACGAGAGCGAGGCUAGGCAAUGGAGACAAAUUUACAAGGCCUUGACAUUGCUAGAAUACCUCGUCAAGAACGGUUCCGAGAGGGUGGUCGACGAUGCGCGUGGGCACAUUGCCACUGUCAAGAUGCUCAAGAACUUCCAGUACACCGACGAGAAGGCCAAGGAUCAGGGCAUCAAUGUUCGUAACCGAGCAAAGGAAAUUGUCGAGUUACUAUCCGAUGUGGAGCGAAUCCGAGCCGAACGCAGGAAGGCCAAGGCUAACAAGAACAAGUAUGGUGGAACCGGUAGCGACGGUUCAGGCGGUGGCUUUGGCGGGUCUGGCUCGCGGUAUGGUGGAUUUGGCAGCCAAGAUGUUGGACGCUAUACCACCGGGUCGAGCGACCGGUAUUCUAGUGGAAACACUUACGGCCAGAAUCGCCGAUCGGAGUUCGAUUCUUCAGAUGUUUAUCGGUCUACCGAAUCUAGAGGGCAGCCCGAGUAUGACGAAUAUGAUGCCGGGGAUGAUGACGACCGGCUUCCAACCGGUCGCAGUCAGGCUCCUCCACCCAGAGCGACCCACACGAAAGCCAGCGCUUCGACCUCGCGUGCUUCAGCUCCCCCUGCGGCACCUCCUAAAGAGGUCCAGAAACCGGUCGUUCAAGAUCUCUUCGACUUUGGCGACGAUGAGAAUACACUUCCGGUCAUGACGAGUGCUCCCUCGGCGCAAGCGACCAAGCAGGAUGAAGACGACUUUGCCGAUUUCCAGGGUGCUGCAUCUCCCGCUCCACCGCAAGUUGCUCCGAAAUCAUCAUCAGGUGCUGGUAUGAACCUGUUCGACCUGCUUGAUUCUCAGCCCGUGUCUAAGCCUUCGGUCGGAGCCUCCUUGAUGAGCCCGCCGGUGCGAGCCACCACUACGUCCGCCCCGCCCGCAAGCAAUCGCCCUGUCGCCCCACCAAAUGGCGGGAGUGACGGCUUCAAGGGCGGUUUCGACGAUUUGUGGACAACUAGCUUGGCUGGCGUGGGCGGGCAGCAGAACAACAACAACAACUCGAACAGUGCCAAAAAGUCGAUGUUGGAUCUCGACCGAGAAAAGACCAUGAACAGCCUCUGGAACGCUCCCAGUUCAAAGCCUGCGAAUACCGCGGGACAGGUUACAAACAGCAACGCAGGUUCUAGUAAGAGCGUGUUUGACGAUCUUUUAGGAUGAGGUGUGGCUUCUGCGAGAUGUAACAUUUGUAUGGAUCUAGAUGCUUGUGAUGAAUGGAUUGCGAAUUG